GCUUCAUCUUCUUCUACUCGCCUAAAUCCGUCACAGUUGCGAAAAACUGGGUUUUCUAUCUCGCUGAUUCGUAAUUUGGUUUCCAGAUCCAGAGUCGAAAAUGGAGUCACAGCAAUCGAAUUUGCUCCCCGAAGUCGAUUCCUUGCCCGAUGGAUUCGUCGACGGAGCUGCGGAGCCACCUCUCAUUUCUCCGGUGGCCGAGGAAGAAAAUCGUAUCACAACAAAGCAUCAAGCCGAUGAUGUGUCGAUUGAGAAAUCAGAGAAGCCCAGGACAUUUCCCGUUCCGUUGUGUGAAGAAACGGACGACGUAGAUGACCUAAUUCAGGUCUCGAGCGAGCUUAGCUUAGAGCAGAAAGAAGCUCCUCCUCCUCCUGAUUGCCAAACAUUAUCAGAAGGGUCAACUCAGAAUCCAAUCUUGUCUAAGGACAAAGAAUCGGCCUCGACUCAGAGUAUGGAUUCACUCAAACCCAGAAAACAACAGGAGGCAGUUGAGACAAAGCGUAAAGGUUCAAAGAAUAUGUUCAAAUCAGAAAAAGAGUUUCUCGAAUUCAUGCUGAAGUAUCAGCAAGUCCUUUCUGAAAGAGAUUCUGCUAUUACUGUCCGUGACAAGCUUGAGUCUCUUUGUAGAGAGUUACAACGUCAGAACAAAAUGUUGAUGGAAGAAUGCAAGCGAGUGUCAACUGAGGGACAAACGUUAAGAUCAGAUUUAUCGACAAAGUUCCAGGAAGCAAUAAAGGAUGUGAGCAUUAAGUUGGACGAGCAAAAGGAUGAAAGCCUCUCACAACUAAAAGAAAAUGAGAUGUUGAGGACGAAGUUGAAGCACCUGGCUGAUCAAUAUAUGCUUUCAGAACAACAACAUGAGCAAAGAUUGAAGCAGAAAACACUCGAGCUACAGAUUUCUGAGUUAAAAAUCAAGCAGCACGAGGAGAAACUCAUCCAUGAAAAAUCUCAGAUGAAAGUUUACGCAGAUCAAGUUUCUCAGCUUUUAGCAACUGAGAAAAACUUGCGGUUGCAGCUAACAUCUGAUGGAGAGAAAUUCCAGCAGUUCCAGGACGCAUUGGUAAAGAGCAACGAGGUGUUUGAAACAUUCAAACAAGAAAUCGAGAAGAUGUCAAAAGCAAUCAAAGAACUCAGGAAAGAAAACGCAUUUUUGAAGAGCAAAACCGAGAAAUCGGAUCUUUCUCUCAUAGAACUCGUCGAAGAGCGUGAAAGAUUGAAGAAACUGUUGGAGAAGACAAAGAAUCAGAAAGAUAAGCUUGAAUCACUUUGCAGAUCACUUCAAGCUGAAAGAAAGCAAAAAGAAACUACCAGUAGCGAUUCUGUACAAGCUUGAUACAAACAGAGAUUAUGAUUUUAGAUAUUUUGUUUGUUUGUUUUUUCUUUUGUUGGAUUUUUAAACUAAUUAGCUCACUUUUUUAAAAAAAAGCCAUGUCAAAUUAAUGAUUUUUGCCCUUUGCGAGCUAAUUAAGUAUAUUUUUUCA